AUGGCGGUCGCAUUGCCCAUGGAAUCCAACCCGGAUACAAUGAAUAAAUAUUUAGAGAAGUUGGGCGUUUCGGAAAAAUGGCGUAUGGUUGACGUAAUAGGUUUAGAAGAAGAGGCCCUGAGCUGGGUCCCUCGCCCAGUGCUAGCUAUAAUCCUGCUCUUCCCGCUGUCUGAUGCCUAUGAAAAACAUCGCCGCGACCAGGAAAAUGAAAUCCAAGUCAAAGGGCUGGAACCUCCCAAAGACGUGUUCCAUUUAAAACAAGUUCUCAGCAAUGUAUGUGGAAUUAUAGCCCUAGUACACAGCGUCGCAAAUAAUGUUCCCCACAUUGAACUCAACGACGGGUUGCUUAAGACAUACAUCGAUGAAGCGAAGAAUCUCGAUGCUACAGCCAAAGGUGCACUAUUAGAAAACUCUGCUUUUUUGAACGCGUACAGGGAGAUAGUGCGCACGGGAAGUGAGCCCGGUACCGAGGGCGAGGAAGCUGUUAACAAUCACUUUGUGACUUUCAUCCACAAGGACGGCCACCUGUUCGAGCUGGAUGGACGCAAGGCAUUCCCUAUAAACCAUGGCAAGACUACUCCCGAGCGUCUCUUAGAGGACGCGGCGAAGGUCUGUCGUGAAUUUAUCGCCAGGGAACCAGAUAACAUCGGCUUCAAUGUGGUAGCUCUUGUCCCAGCACAGUAA